AUGUCUGCGGUGUUCCAAAAUUUGGGAUAUGGUGUGGCUGAAAUUGGGACAGGAUCAUGGUUAAAUAUCAUCAACGCAGAGGGAGAGAAACUCUGCCCUAUGUGGCUGUUCCUCAGGAAGGCUGUCAGAGUCAAGGCUGGACAGGGUCCUUUCCAGCUGCUCCUGAAAUGGUGGAGGAGGCUCCAGACUCACCGCGUCUCUUCCACAGCAGGUGCUGACAUGGAGACCACAGCAGAAUUCCUCUGGCUCUGUUUCCUGGGAUGCAUCAUCCACACAGCCACAGAAGCAGACAUUCAUCUGAAAGAAACCAGCACUGACAUCCCAGAUGGGCUCCGCCCUGUCAGCAAACGCAUCUCUGAGGGCUUUCCUUGCCCUCCAUUCUCCCCUCCCUGGGUAGCCGUACUGUUUGACAAUUAUGUCCACUACUGUUCUGGAGUUCUGGUGCAUCCGCAGUGGGUGCUGUCAGCUGCGCACUGCUGGAAACCAUCCUACACCAUUGGGCUGGGCCUCCGCAGAACUGUUGAUUGGUAUAAACCAGGCACCCAGAUGAUCAAGGCCAAUUUCUCUGUGAAGCACCCACAAUACGUCACACCUAGGAACGGUAGUGACCUCAUGCUCAUCAAGUUGAACAGACCAGUUAGGAUAUCAGACACCAUCUGGCCAAUCUUCAUCACAUCAGAAUGUCCGACACCUGGAACCAGGUGCUGGGUCACCGGCUGGGGUCAGCUAUUAGAUGACGACCACCCUUUGGAUUUGCGGUGUGCGCUUGUUCCUGUGGUUUCUGAGCAACACUGCAGAUUCAUGCUUAACUCAUCCUACCACGACAGAUACUUCCCUUUGGAUCUGCACUGUGCAGUUAUUCCAGUGCUUUCGGAUAAUUAUUGCAGAUUGGUGCUUGACACACACUACCACGAGAGUAUAUUCUGUACUGUUGGUGAAGGCAGCAAGGAUGCUUGUCAAUUUGACUCUGGAGGCCCUUUGAUCUGCAAUGGGCUCCUGCAGGGCCUUGUGUCCUGGGGAAGCGAUCCAUGUGGCAUACCUGGAUUUCCAGGCUUCUACACCAACCUAUGCAAAUUUAAAGAAUGGAUACGUGAAGUCAUCCGGACCAGAUAA